UUGUAAUUCUCUUAACGUGUCAUAAACACAGAGAGAGCUGGACUCUGUCACAAACCGUAAAAUCUGUAGUGCCGCAGCAAACACCUUAGUCUAGAUAUUUUUAAACCAAUGCAGCGGUUAAAAAUUGGAGGUACCCUUGUUUAAGAGAGAUAAAGGAACGAUGGAGAACAUUCAAAACCUUCCCAUCGACAUACAAACCAACAAGCUAUUGGAUUGGCUGCUCGAUCGGCGUCACUGCAGUGUUAAAUGGCAGAGUGCAGUGAAAACCAUAAGAGAGAAGAUCAAUGCUGCCAUCCAAGACAUGCCAGAGAACGAGGAGAUCAAGCAGCUGCUCUCUGGAUCCUACAUUCACUACUUUCACUGUUUGAGGAUCGUUGAGAUCCUGAAAGGAACUGAAGCUUCAUCAAAGAACAUCUUCGGACGAUACUCUUCUCAAAGGAUGAAGGACUGGCAGGAAAUUGUGUCCCUUUAUGAAGCAGACAAUGUUUAUUUGGCGGAGGUGGCCAGCCUGCUGAUUCGUAAUGUGAGCUAUGAAGGUCCAGCUCUGAAGAAGCAGCUGGCUAAAGCUCAGCAGCUGCAGCAGGAGCUCAGCAGGCGGGAGGUGGAGUGCCAGAGCUCUGCAGCGGAACUGAGGGAGCGCUACUACGCUGCCUGCAGACAGUACGGCAUCUCUGGUGACAGUGUAGCACGAGAGCUUCAAGCUCUGGUGAAGGACUUGCCAGCGGUUCUGGAGGAAGUUGGCAGGGAUGCAGCAAAGUUAGAGGAAACGAUUAAGCUUUACACUGCCUUUACACACUUUUUGUGUGACUGGUCUGAACCUGUCCUGCCCUUGCUGACCUUUGUACAAAAGAGAGGGCACGCAACAUUUUAUGAGUGGAGAACCGGGACAGCCCCGUCCUCCGUGGAAAGGCCAUCGAUGGGGGAAACAAGUCCUGAGACCCUCUCAGAGGAUGCGAUUGACUGGGGCAACUUUGGAAAAGCAGAAGGUAACUCAGUUGUGGAUGCUGGCAUCACAGACUGGGGAAUCAGUCUGGAGCCGACUACAGAGGACGCAGCAACAGGCGCCAUCGACUGGGGGGACACAGAGGGAGCUCCCAUAGAAAUUGAAAUCGUUGACAUAGGGACAGACUGUCCCGAGGGUGUGGCGAGGGGAGAGGAUGCGCUCGGUGUGCUGGAAAACUCUCAGUCACGCAGUCAGUUCAUUGAUGAGCUGAUGGAGCUGGAGGCAUUCCUAACUCAGCGCAUUGUUGAGAUGGGAGAGGAAGGCGAUGUGGUAUCGAUGAGCCAGUUCCAGUUGGCCCCCUCUGUCAUUCAGAACCAGACCCACCAACACGUCCAGGAAAUGCUGUCAGGGGUGCAGGACCUCCUCGGCCGACUCACCUCUCUCCGGAUGCAGCACCUCUUCAUGAUCCAGGCGUCACCGCGGUAUGUUGAACGUGUGUCAGAUAUGCUGAGACAGAAGCUGAAGCAGGCAGACAUUCUGGUGCUUAAAGCUUCCACAAUGGUUGAGAAGAGGCAGGAAGCCUUAGAGGAGCAGUCCAGACUUGAACCCCGUGUCGACCUGCUGGCACUACGCACCCGGGAACUCCAGAAACUGAUUGAAGCUGACAUUUCAAAGAGAUACCACAACAGACCUGUCAACCUGAUGGGGGUUAAUGUAUAAUUAAUAUUGCAAAUGUUUCAAAAAUAUUUCUCAUAAUUGAAAGGACAAAUAAAAAAUGUUUUGUAAUUAUC